AUGGGGGGGACCUGCCGGCUAGUCGGGCCUGCAAGUGGGUUGGAGCACAGUCGAGCAAGAGCCACAAGCAGGGGCUCGAGUGGCUUGACCUGAUGGAGACACGUGUGCGCCACUCUCCUUCCACGUCACCGAUGGCCAACUAGUUGUAGGGUAAGGAGUGGUCGUACAUGCGCAAGAAAGGGACUUGUUUUAAAAUGUAAUAUUACUAUAUAUUCGUUCGAAAAUCUGGCGCACUACCGAUGAGGGAUUAAACCCCCGUCACACCUUUCUCAGAAGGGGCGGGGCAAUUGGCAUAGGUUUGAAUCCUUCAAGAGCCAAAAUUUAUAUUUUUUAUCUGAUUAUCGUGACUUUCUUGUAGAUCGCUGGUGAAAGAUUAAACAAUUAGAAUCGUUGAAUCAUUAGUGAAAUCUCAUCAACGUAAUUCGCAGAGCAUUAUUACUAAAAUUGCUGAACGAUUCGUGAUAAAAGGAUGACGAAUCCAUCAAGUAUAGCAUCUCCAAUUGAUCGACAAAUAAGCCGUCAAUGAGAAGAGGACAAUCCAUCGGGAGAUGAGUCGCCACCUCUUGAGAGCAUACCAGAUGUGAUGAAGAACCUCCUCUUAUUGCGCAAACCUAAGGGUAAAGCUCCUGAUAAGUCUUCAUUAUCAUGAGUUAAUAAUUAGUAAAUAAUAUAGUUUUAGCCUUAACUCAUGAUAAAUAGACUUAUAUUUGUGUUAAAGCAUGAAAAGUGGUUUUCAGUUGAUUAACGUGAAUUUUUGGGUAAUUAUGUGAUUUUAUACGAUUUUUACAGUCUUAGUUUUGAGAUAAAUGAAGAACAAGAAAUAAAAAUAAAAAUAUUGCAAAAUGGGGAACCCGCCGGCCAGCCGGGCCCGCAAGCGGGUCGGAAGCGCAGUCGGGGAGUAGCCGCGAGCAGGGGCUCGAGCGGCUUGCUUGGAUCGAUAGGGGCACGUGUGCGCCACUCCCCUUCCACGUCACCGGUGGUCAGCCGGCUGUGGGGCAAGGAGUGGUCGUACACGCGAGAGGACUUUGCCUACAAAGCUAACUUUACUAUAUAUUUGCCCGAAUAAUCCGCGUACAACCGAUGUGGGACUAAACCUUCAGGGGCGGGCGACCGCCGCAGGUUCGAAUCCUCCCAGAGUCAAAAUUCAUAUAUUUUUAACUGAUUAUCGCGAUUUUCCUGCAGAUCGCCGGUGAAGGAUUAAGCAACCGGAAUCGCUGGAUCAUCGGCAAAAAUCUCGUCAACGCGAUUCGCGGAGCAUUGCUACUAAAAUUUCUGAACGAUUCGCGAUAAAAGGAUCGCAAUCCAUCGAGUAAAUCAUCUCCGAUUGAUCGACGAACAAGCCGUCGUCGGGAAGAGGACGAUCCGCCGGGAGACCAGUUGCCACCUCCUGAGAGCGUACCAGAUGCGAUGAAGAGCCUCCUCUUGCUGCGCGGACCUGAGGAUGAAGCUUCCUAACACGCGCCUCACCUCCAUCCAGCCCCUCUCCGUCGGGUGACAGCCGCCGGAGAGCCGCAAAGUCGCCGUUUUUCCGCUCCGCCGGGUGACAGCCGCCGGAGACGAUUCGACGACCCACUUCAUUGGUUUCUAGACUUCGCGAGAAGAUCUAGAGAUUGCCCACGUCGUCUUUGUCCAAGGAGAGCCUUCGAGGCCGUGGACACUGCACGACGACCCUCCCGAACGCUCAGGAUUCCGGUGCAUCGCCGACGCAUCGCCGUCGCGAUGCCGGAACUCUGUUUUCCUGCUUUAUCUAGAGAUUGCCCACGUCGUCUUUGUCCAAGGAGAGCCUUCGAGGCCGUGGACACUGCACGACGAUCCUCUCGAACGCUCAGGAUUCCGGUGCAUCGCCGACGCAUCGCCGUCGCGACGCCGGAACUCUGUUUUCCUGCUUUCAAUUUAAUUUACGCUUCAUUUAGUGAUACUUUGUUGAUUUUUAUUUACCAAACUAUACUUCGUUCAACUACGGUUCUUCCGGCUUUUACAGAUCUUAAUUUGAUUAAUUGAGUCGUCUGUAAUCGCCUACGUAAGAAUCGCCGGGCGGAACUAUGUUUCCGCCUGAUUCGCGUUCGCCGGGAGCUGACGUCAUCCUGACGUCCGCACCCUUAUUUCCUCCUUUUUUUUGUGAAUUUUAAAUAUAUUUCCUUUUUAUUUCCUAGUAUAAAAUUCGUAAGAAAAUCGUACUCAUUGAGAAAAAUUCUGAAUAAUUACCAGAUAUUAUAUUACAUCCCUGUGAUCGACCUGGAAAAUUACCACUAUUUUUGGGAUUUUUAUUGAAUUAUAAUUGAUAUAUUUAUUUUGAAAUACUUCUAAAUAUUCGAAAAUUCGUAUUUUCUAGUUUUAUAAAUUUUAUAUUUGCGUGAUUUAAUAUACAACGACUGAGUCACGUCAGCUCCCUGACACGCGCCCCACCCCCAUCUAGCUCCUCUCCAUCGGGUCACAGCCAUUGGAGAGCCACAAAGUCAUCAUUUUUCCCCUCCAUCAAGUGAUAGCUGCCAAAGACGAUUUGACGACUCAUUUUAUUAAUCUUUAGACUUCGCAAGGAGAUUUAGAGAUUAUCCAUGUCGUCCUUGUCUAAGGAGAGCCUUCGAGGUUAUAGACAUUACAUGACAAUCCUCUCAAACGCUUAGGAUUCCGGUACAUCACCAACGCAUUACCGUCGCGACGCCGAAACUCUAUUUUCUUACUUUCAACUUAAUUUAUGUUUCAUUUAGUGAUAAUUUUUUAAUUUUAAAUUUACUAAGAUAUACUUCAUUCCAUUACAAUUCUUUUAGCUUUUACAUAUCUUAAUUUGAUCAAUUAAAUCAUUUGUAAUCGCUUACAUAAGAAUCAUCAGGUAGAACUCUGUUUUCAUUCAAUUCACAUUCGUCGGGUGCUGAUGUCAUCUUGACAUCCACACCCUUAUUUUUCUUUUUCUGUGAAUUUUAAAUAUAUUUCUUUUUCAUUUCCUAGAAUCAAAUUCAUAAAAAAUAAUAUUCUUUGAAGAAAAUUCUGAAUAAUUACCAGAUAUUAUAUUACAUUACUAUGAUUGACUUGGAAAAUUACCACUAUUUUUGAAAGUUUUACUGAAUUAUAGUUGAUAUAUUUGUUCAGAAAUACUUCUAAAUAACUAAAAAUUCAUAUUUUCUAGUUUGUGUGAUUUAAUAUACAACAACUAAGUCGUGUCAACAACCAACACCUUCCAUCUUCAGUCAACAUCUUUCCAAGAAGAGAACAACAAAUAUCAAUAUUUUGAUCAUCAUCAUUUCAUCAACAUUCCGAAUGCACUCUAAGUCAACAUCAUCUUUUGGAAAUCAUCUCACAAUAAUUUAUUUAUUAUUUCUUAUUAGAUAAAUGUGAUAGUAAAAUAUUAUUUAUCAUGGUUGAGAAUUGUCUCUAGUAAUAAUAGUGUGACUGCCUAGAGUCGUAAAUCUAGAAAAAAAUACAAAAUGAAAUUUUAUAGGAGGUAGGACUGAUAAACAAUGGUGUGGCAUCCUUGAGAUGUGAAUGUAGAAGAGAGAUUCUAGAUUAAUCUUCAAAAAAAAGUAGAACUUAUUAAUUGACAUUUGUGGUUGAAAAUUCAUGUGCACUUGUCAUUGUACUUAAAUGCACAUUCUAAUAAUAUUUAUAACUAAGACUUAAUAGAAUAGUAAUAUAAAAGUAAGUCUCAAGUUGAACUCAAGGAGAUUGAUUAAUUCGUCAUAAAAACUAAUUUAGUUUAUAUAUAAAGUGAUUUUAAUAUCUUAUUAAUAUUUAAUGAAAAUAAUAAAAUAGAAGGGUGAGAUGAUAAGAAUAAUGGAAGGGAAGUGAAGAAAAGGAGGAAAAGAGAGAGAUAAGAGAAAGCUCUCAUGAAGGAUGAGGGAAGAGAUCUCUCAUGAAAGAGAGAGAAAGAGAGAGGAGGAGAGAAAUCUUAUGUGAGAUGGAGAGAGAGAAAGGUCUUCUUAGAGAGAGGGAGAGAGAAGAAGAGAGAGGGAGACAAAGGGAGAGAUCAAUCGAGAGAUGAAGAGAGAAGAAGAGGUCUCACGAGAGAGGGAAAGAGAGAAAAAAGAUGAUAAUAAAGAAAGAGAGAAAUACAAUCAACCCGUUUCCAUGGUGACCAUUAUUCUCAAAGGAAUGUGUACUUGAAAAUUCAUACACAUGAAAUGAGGUCAACCAUGAAUGUCUCCAUGACGUGACUUAGUCAUUGUAUAUUAAGUCAUGCAAAUCUAAAAUUUAUAAAACUAAAAAAUAUAAAUUUUCAGAUGUUUAAAUGUAUUUUUGAACAAAUAUAUCAAUUAUAAUUCAAUAAAAUUCCCAAAAAAUAGUGAUAAUUUUCCAAGUCGAUCAUAAGGAUGUAAUAUCUAGUAAUUAUUCAUAAUUUUCCUCAAAUAAUACUAUUUUAUAUGAAUUUUAUACUAAAAAAUAAAAAAGAAAUAUAUUUAAAAUUCACAAAAAAAGAAAAUAAGAGUGAAGACGCCAAGAUGAUGUCAGUGCCCAGUGAAUGUGAAUCGACAGAAAUAGAAUUCCGCCCGGUGAUUCUUACAUAAGCAAUUACAGAUGAUUUAAUUGAUCAAAUUAAGAUUUAUAAAAGCCAGAAGAAUCGUAAUGAAAUAAAGUAUAUCUUGGUAAAUUUAAAAUCAACAAAUUAUCACUAAAUGAAGUGUAAAGUAAGUUGAAAGCAAGAAAAUAGAAUUCUGACAUCGUGGUGGCGAUGCGUCAGUAAUGCACCAGAAUUCUAAUUGUUUAGGAGGAUAGUCAUGCAAUUUCCACAACCUCAAAGGCUCUCCUUGGAUAAGGACGAUGUAGGCAAUCUAUAG